AAGCGUCUAGGUGAGAACACACUCAAGGUCACCAAGGUGGGACUCGCAUCGGAUAACAGAGCUGAAGAUGAGUACCAGUGCAGUCUCACGCAUUGCAUCUUUGGUUGUGAAAUCCAAGGAAAGUAGUCUUGUACAGAAGACAAAGAACUUUAUUGUGGCUGUUGGAACUCCUCCUCGCAGAAUACGAAAAAUAUAUAGUAAAUUCAUGUACUAUCCUCAGCUUGGUGUGUACAGAGAUGACUGCACAAAGAGAAACUUUUACGGCCCAGGAGUUCUGAACGAAAGUGUCCAAAGACUUCCAAGCAAUAUCCAGCGGGAAAGGCAGUUCAGAAUAAACAGGGCUCUUUCGAAAAGUGGCAGCAAGACUGUUUUGAGCAGAAAACUUUGGGUUCGUUCUGGCGAGGAGGUGCGGUAUAUUGAUUCAGCUAUUAACACAGUUGUCAAUGAUAUAGAGACGAAAAAAUUUUGGGACCUGAACGGAGAAGCACCAGCAAACAAUUACACGUUAAGCCCAGAAGAGUACCAAGCAGGGUUAGAGAAUGUUGUUCGCUCAAUGGAAUCCUCCAAAGAAUAGAGACAUUGAACAUGUUACAACAUGAUACAAUUAUAUUAGAAUACUGAGUUCAGUAAUUGAGAAAUCAAAUAUGAAUUCUAUUUCAGUGUGGUUUUAGGAAAGACCCUGAAUGAUUUCCAACGUAGCACAUCAAAGAUGGAUAUUGUAUGUGUAAAUGAAUGACAUUACUAAGGUAUUUUGUGAAAGUUUGAAGAUGUGAAUAAAUAUUAUUUGUUUAACAAUCUUAAUAA